CUAAAGUAUGAAAUUGCUGGAAUGUAAUUUUAAAUAAAUGUUAAAUAUUUUAAUUCAACAUGUGCUACGUAAUCACGUCCAUGCACGUAGCGCACGCACACAUCCACGCACCAUAAUUACCAUAGUUACGAGCUAAAAUGCAAGAUAGUAAACGGAGGUAAAUACAUAAAUUGUCAGGGGGUGAAAUGAAUGGUUCAAAUACAUUACAAUCGUAGGUCCAAACGGGAACUACUGAGAGGUUUUACACCAAUUUAGAUCCGGUUCCGUUUGACAAACAAUACAAAAAUAUAUGUAAAUCUAUUAUGUGAGAGUCAGUCGCGUUGCCAUCACUACCAAACAUUCUCCCAACAUUUGACCAAUCAGAUGCCUCCCCACUACCAACAAUCGUGAAAACCAAUCACAAUCGGUAGAACUACCAAGAAUGGCGCCGGAAACGAAAUGCCCAUAAAAGGAACGUCAAAUUCUUUGAGCGCCGAUAUUAAAACGUCCACUUGCUUUCAUAUGUUCUCAUUUAGCUCCAACACAAUAUAGAAUUGAAGAAAUAUACAGAAGCCAUUUUGUAGCGUACAUUCGGGAUUAUAAAACAUUUUAAACUGCCGAAAACUCCUCUAACUUCUGUAUCCAUCUUCCCCCGGCGGGGGAUCGAACCGUUGACCUUUCGUUUCGCAGCGAAUUACCACAAGAGGAGCACAACCGCUCUUUCCUAUCUUCGUUGUUAAGAAGAAAUGUGAACCAGGUCGUCGUGUUAAAGUAUCGUAUGUCGUUACUUUACAUGGUGAUAACAGGGAGGCCAAAUAUUAAUUUAACGUUUCAUCUACAAUGUCAGUAACUGUUCCCGGACUUGAUAGGUUGUCAUGGCUACUGUAAAUUACCGAACUAACGUUAACUAACGAAUAUCCGUUGCAAACAACCUUAGCUUAGCUACUGAACGUGGUGUUGGGAAAACAAACUAGUAUUAAUUUAGGUUGUUGGAAGAGUUAAAUUUGAAGAAAAUCAUCUUUUUGUCAAAUUGUAAACAAAAGACAGUCUUUAAGUCAUUAUUACAUUAUCUGAAUGGUGUUCUUUUAUUGAGGGGGUGUUUAAAAAUGACUGCUAUGGUCCAAAGUGACCAGCGGGUGGCGCCAUUGUUCCACUCUCAAACUGUAUUUCCUCCUGAUUCCACUUCACUCACAGUCAUCAGUCAGGUUUAAUGGACCGUAUCUGCAGUAGCAGCUGUUGUAAAGUAUGUGUGUGAUAUACAGAUUUAAAGUCAGUGGGGAAAAAAAAGAAGCUUACUUAUGCGUCUUAUGGCCACAUAAGUAAGUGAAUUCCGAGUAAACUGCCUUUAUUCCUUAUGAUUUUAUGACAUUUAUGGUCUUAUUGUGUUGCCAGUUUCUCAACUGUAAUACGUUGUUAUUGACAUUACGAUAGUUACCGUAUAGCAGACACACACUCUCAUACCAAGUGGUAUUUUGAAAGUAUUUUGAGUGCACAUGUCAAUUAAGUAAUUGAGCAGAAGUGAGUGAGAGAGUCAGAGGGGGAGGAGGGCGCUGAGUCUGACAGUGGGCUCCAGACAGACUUACUGGCUGCAGAUGAAGUUUUCACUCACACUGCACCGUGGGACUUUUUUUUAGGAAUUCAUAUUAACCACCCAGACUCUCUAUAUCCUGACUGAGAUGUUGCGAUGUUCCGUGCAGCCUUACAAAGCGUGGACUUGUUUUGGCUGAUUUUGUUUUAUUUUGUUUUUCUACCGGAGACCGGCUGUAGAUCAGCCGAUGUGGACAGCUGUCAUGAGGUGAAGACAGCCUACAUGAUGCGCCAAAUAGGCCCGGUGGAGCUGGUGCCAGACAGGCCGGGAACAGAUGAGUCUCUGCGAGUGUGUGUCCACCCUGGGCCCAGCUGCUGCACCAGUAAGAUGGAGGACAGCUACAUGGCGGCAGUUCGCAGUGAGACGCAGCAGAAGAUGCGAUCCUACAGCUUUGAACUUAAGUACCUGAUCGCUGGACACACCAAGGCCUACCAAGAAACCUUCGAGUCGCUUGUGUCGUUCACAUCUAACCUGACCAGCACUCUGUUCGACAACGCCUACUCCGCGCUGGCGUCCGACUGUCGCCCCCUAGUGUUUGAGUUGUUCAGCAGCAUCAAACACCACCUCUCUGGAGACUCAAAUUCCUCACUGGACGACACUGUGCGUCAGUUCUACAAUGACCUUUUCCCGUUGGUCUACCGCCGCCUGCUCAAUCCCGGAAUCGGCCACACGUCACCCCAGUCCUAUUCCUCCCCCUCCACCAAUCAGGACGAGUGCCUGCGGAUGACGCGGCAGGAUGUCAGCCCUUUCGGACCCCAUCCUCGGCUCCUGGUCAGCAGCUUGUCCCGUGCGCUCAGGGUGGGCCGAGCACUGAGCCAACUGCUUAGACUGGCCGGAGAGGUUGUGAACGCGACAGAGAAGGCAACCUUAUCCAGAGAGUGUGGACGAGGCUUAGUGAGGAUGCAGUACUGUUCCCACUGCAGAGGGCUGACACUGAUACGGCCCUGUACCGGACUGUGCGUCAACAUUAUGAGAGGAUGUCUGAUGGGCGUAUCAGAGCUUGGCGCCCCCUGGGGGAGUUUGGUGGUGUUGCUCCAACGGUUAGCUGCUACUUUAGCAACCAGCAGCAACCACAACAGCAUGGAGUUAGCUCUGUUAGCAGUCCGAAAUCAUGUGAAUGAUGCUAUACUGCACGCUCAACUGCAUGGGCCACGCAUUACAGCCACAGUAGAGAAGGUGUGUGGACCCCAGGCAGCUGGUCCCAUGAUGCCAAGUGCUAAUCCCACCGUCUCGCAUGUUACGACCUCUGUAAGCCCUGCUACAUCACUAACCUCAGAAAGGUCGUCUGUGACAUCGCCUCCCUCGGCGGGUCUGGCUGCUCAUCAGCGUCUGCUGCAGCAGUCCCGGAGGUCAUUCCUUCUUAAAGGUUCCAGAGGGGACAAGAGUCGCAGUCUGAAAAAACUCUCAAGGGAGUUUGAGGGCUCUAUCCAACGGUACCAGUGGUUUUUCUCAGAACUGCCAGAGAUGCUUUGUGAGAGUGAGAUGGAGGUUGAGCAGCACACAUGCUGGAAUGGCCAAGACGUCGUAGAGAGUUAUGCAGGUCGUGUGGUUGGCAGCACUUUAAAAGCCCAGAGGGAGAACCCAGAGAUGACUGUCCGUAAUACAGAUCCUGUCCUAAAGGGGGCGAAACAGAGGCUGGAGCAGCUAACACAGGAGCUAUUAGUGGAGCUCGGCUGGGCGAGCAAAGCCCGAGGAAAGGUAGAGGACGAGGAGGGAGGGAGCGCACAGACAGAGGGAGGCAGUGGAGACGACUGUGACGAUGAAGACGGCUGUGAAGCAUCUGGUGAGGAGAAAGGGGAUGACACAGGUGAUACAUCCAGCGGUCGUAGUCCAGCAACGAAGGACAUGACUCCUCCUCGUCCUCGUCGCCCCGUCCCCCCUCAUCACCUCUCACCUCCACAGGUGGCUGUUCGAGGCUCAGCGCCCAACAUGUUGUCCAUUGAACCUUUGACCCUGGUGACCCUGCUGCUCCUACUGCUGUCACCAUGGGAACACCGCUGAUCGUGGAGAGAUGAUCCUUUAGACUGACAGAGACAAAAAGACUGAGAGACAACCACAUAUGUUUUGUGGUGAAGUUGAGUAUGUGGAGUUUUCUGUAAGCACAAGUCAACCACUCUGAUUGUUUUUGUUUUCGGGUGGAACCGGCUGGUGGGACAAAGUGUGGAUUCAUCACAGUUGCAGGUGCACAGUAUGCAUUAUUCACCUGUACUGACCUCUUCAUGUGUUUGUUUAUUUGUAUUUAACUCUGAUAGGAUAGAUUGCACAGCACUACUGACUUUUUUGAAGAGAGAUGUAAAUACAAAUAUAUAUAUAUUAUAUAUUUAUAUGAAGAAUUUCUAUAGAUAACAAUGGCUUGAUGUGUAAAUAGAGACUAAUAUAGGACAGAGCAGACUGACUUGGAUGUUAAAGGGUUGUUUGGUUUAGUUUGACCUUUACAUUAUGUAUCCCCCACAGAGAUUAAAAUCCAUGACAGCUAAAGUUCAACCUGGAGGCCUUCACUGUAGCAACAGUGUGCAGAAGGCAAACUUGUGAGGACUUAUUAAUGUUGAAGGGAACGAAGCGCAGAGAGCUAAACAUAGGCUGGAAAAGGACAUUAAGACUGUUUCUCAAAGGGCACAACAACCAGUUAUGUGAUACUUCAGAGCAUUUACAGAUGGCCAUGCAGCAUAAUGAAGAAUUUGACAGUUUGGCCUGUCAGCCUGUGCAGACUGAAGCCAAUACGCCACUUUUUUCCCCCCACACAAGUAUGCUCUUUGUUCAUGCAAGCUGGGGAAUUUUCUUUUUUUUAAUUUAUGCGGGGAGUAUGCUGAGAGUUUUAAUUGUGUGAGACUUAUUCAAAAUUCAAAUUCCUUUAACAGCCGAGAUCUCUCCCGAAAAAUGGUGUCCUUUGUCAUUUUUAGGCACACAAUACCUUUUAUAGUGUUGGUAGUUUCAGAAAAUGUGACUAUAAGAUAAUAAGACUUCUCAAGGGAGAGCUGUAACAGUUUCCAUUUCAACAUCAAUUUCACUUGUAAGCUGUCACAACCAUACUCAAAAUAAAGCCCUGUUAAAAAAAGCCCUAAAUAUUAGCAAGCACCUAAUACAAGGAAAGACUAAAUAUGAACAAUGGGUAAUAUGAAAUCUCAUUAUCGUGUGCAAACACUGAACUGUCACAGUGAUUUCAUAGGCUGGCUGGUCUCCAAUUGUAUUAAUUAAAAACUGCAAGAUAAUACAUAAGACAUCCAAUAAAAUAUUAUAUAGUUAUAGCUUUUUCUAAGUCUGAUACACGUGUUAUCAGCUCGUCUCCGUAUCCAGUAAAGAGGAGAGACGAAGCAACAAGAGGCUGAUCAGAGUACAGCUGAGCCCAGAUCCAAACAUGUGAAUUAAAUGUAAUUCAUAUUAAUUAGGACUAUCAAGUUCUCCUGGCUCUCUGUUGAGUCUCAAACCCCCCAAACUGCACACAACAGCAGAACAGACAACUGGAAUACUGAUUCAAAUGGAACAAAUGAACCAGCUGAAGGACACUGGGUACAUUUCUCUCAGUGAGUGACCAGCUUUCUUCUCAGAUCACCAUUUCUGUUCCACAUAGUCUUUUGACAAUAGCAAAAUUCCCAUAUAAUGAAUGUUCUUUCAUCACCUGAGACCAUUUAUUUAUGAAGGAACCUGAGUGACAGAUGAGACAACAUGAGAAAUACCAUUAAGAGCUGAAGCGUGCGAGUUAUCUGGGCAGGGAGCCCAAAUACCGUGUUAGCUAGCGGGAUGCUUUUACAACAUAAUCUGUCAAACAAAUGUCCUAUUAUUUGAUUACUAUUUAAACGUUAUACCCAAAUGAGAUGAGAUUUUGGAUUCGAGCCAACCCCUCCAUCUUUCAUCGCCCUUGCUAGGUGACCUAUAUAAACACACCACCAACACACACACAAACACGUACAGAGACCCUAAACAGGAUAAGUGAAUAAAUAUAAAGGAUGGAUAUGCGUCAUUUUAUUGUUUUCUCAACCUGGUGUAAGAUCAGGGUGGGAUAUUGACAGCUAUUUUAAACACAUAAAAAAAUAUGUUUUCAUAUAUUUGUCGUGAAUGAAGUGUGAAUCUCGUUGGUGCAUAUUUGUAUACGAGAGGGAGCAAUGUUAUGUCAAGAAUAGAAAUUACUGUUUGAUGUUCCUCUAGUGCUCUGUUGUCAUAAAGGUUCUCAGCAUGUGUGUUGAGGCACACUGGUGUGCCAUGGAGCUGUGCUGUGUCGUUGUUAUAUAAAAUCUUUGGUAAUACUUCAUAAAAAGGGUACAAGUAAUAUACUUAAGUAGUACUGAACUAAUGCAUGACUCAUGAUGGUUUAAAGCCUGAAUUAAUGCUGGAUGUACAUGAAUUCCUGUUUUUCACCACUAAAAGAUGAUUAAGUUACUUCAUCAUCCAGUAAUCUUGCAUUAAUUAAUGAAUUAAAUCAUCAUGAGUUAUGCAUUAUUUAAGUAAUAUUUAAGUAUAUGACUUGUACCCUUAUUAUAAAUUGUUACCAAAUCAAUAAAUGUACUUUAAUUGAAGUUUAACAGCUCUUUUUGUUUAGAGAUUCUAAUUUGUUGUAAUGUAGUAGUAUGCAGGAACACAGGGGACUGUGGUUUCUCUCACCAUACUCUGAGAACUGCUGCGUGCCAAUUUAACAAACUAAACCGGUGACUCUCAUGUGAGAUGUAAAUAAACCUACUGCACCAUGUCCUGCUGCUCUGUUGUGUCAUAAUCUUCAUCUUAAUAUCCUCAGUAAUAAAUUGUUUUCAGAUA